AAGCCUUCUAACGUCCCAAUUCGGCGUGCAUAUUGGCUGUCGAUCGAGAUUCGACAUGGCAGCACGAACAGCUACGAUCUCAAGAAAGACCAACGAGACACAGAUAGAAGUUUCUAUCAAUCUAGACUGUACUCCUGGAUCACAAAAUGCUCAGGUAAUUGAGAUAUCGACGGGUAUUGGUUUUCUGGAUCACAUGUACCAUGCCUUGGCAAAGCAUGGAGGGAUGUCACUCACUAUGAAGUGCAAAGGAGAUUUAUGGAUCGAUGACCAUCACACAGCAGAGGACAGUGCCAUCGCCCUCGGAACGGCUUUCAAGGAAGCUCUCGGUGAAGUUCGUGGAAUUCGUCGAUACGGUACUGGAUUUGCACCAUUAGAUGAGGCUCUCUCUCGAGCUGUUAUUGAUAUUUGCUCCAGACCGUACUGUGUCACAGAUCUGGGUUUAAAGAGGGAGAAAAUCGGAGAUCUGUCAACAGAAAUGAUCCCUCAUAUAUUCUAUUCUUUUGCCAUAGCUUCUGGUGCGACUCUUCACGUCGACGUCCUGCGGGGCGAAAACGACCACCACAGAUCUGAAUCUGCGUUCAAGGCACUUGCCCUUGCAAUCAGACAAGCCAUCGAACGUACUGGUGGCGACGAUGUUCCAAGUACAAAAGGAGUUCUGUGACGAUGGAUUAACUUUGAAUCAGAUCAAACAUCUUGAUGCACAGCGGAU